AUGGCUCGCAUCGGCAGAGUGCACAAGGCGGCAGCCUUAUCGGCCGAGUUUGGCAAGCUAAACGAACCACUCAUGUGCGGCAACACAGCAUCCACCGUUGUGCAUUCACCGAGACGUCAUCUUGGACCCUCGGCUGCGACCAUCGCCAAACCAUCUGUCCACGCUGUCUCAUUUACCCCUCAUUCUUGCGGGGCUGAGACGAGGAACACGCACCAGAUUGAAUAA